CACUUUUGAAAACCUGGGUUCCAAGACUGGGAUUUCUUUUCUAUUUGGGAGUUCUGUUCUUCUUCCUUCCCACUUCCAAGCUGCAGAAAACCUCGUCCCAGCUGUGUGAAACCCUAAGUUGCAGCAAUCUUUUCCCAUCCCUCACGUCGCCUCUCAGAUUCGAUUGGGAUUUUAAUUCAACAGCGAUCGAAGGUUGACAGCAGAAGAAGUGUCGGAUUAGUGAGGAAGAAUGCAAUUUUUUGGAGGAUCAGAGAUCAGCCCAUCACCGCCAGCACCUACUGGAUCAGGAAACAAUGCUAAUAUGAUGUACAUUUUCAACAGGAAUGGGGUGUGUUUGCUCUAUAGGGAAUGGAACCGCCCCCUGAGGACCCUAAACGCUAACCAGGACCACAAGCUCAUGUUUGGUCUCCUAUUUUCCCUCAAAUCUUUCACCGCUAAGAUGGACCCCACUAGUGUUGAGAAAGGGAAUCUUGGGGUGCCUCAGUUACCAGGACAAGGUUGUUCUUUUCAUAGCUUCCGUUCAAACACAUACAAACUAAGUUUUAUGGAGAGUCCCUCUGGGAUAAAGAUAAUAUUGGUUACUCACCCCAAGACUGGUGAUCUGCGGGAAUCGUUGAAGUACAUCUACAACUUGUAUGUGGAAUAUGUUACUAAGAAUCCACUCUAUACUCCAGCAACUCCAAUUAGAUGCGAGUUAUUCAAUGCGUCUCUUGAUCAAUAUGUGAAGAACCUAUGAUGUAUGAGAAUGUGGAGAUUGGAUCAAGACAAAAAAACCAGCAACAUAACUUGCUUUAGUUGAUGGAUGGGGAGAAGCUUAAGGUGUCCUGUAACCAAUUAUAUAGUCUGUUGAUUUCUUUAGGCAACUGGGACUGACACCGUAGUGCAACUCUUAUGCAUUCAAUAUUUUGUUCUUGUGAAAUGUAUUGUUCUUUAUUGGCUUCUCUUUUUUUUUUCUUUUCUUCAAACAAUCAGUUAGCAUCUGUUGAGAAUGUUAAGGAUGUCUAAUCAUAUCUAUUGGUGGCUGAAAUGUGGGAGUUUAAAUACCAAACUAUUGGAUUUUGUGUAUGUUAUCCCUAUAUGUUUAAUAUGUGUGUCUUUGCUGUA